AUGAGGAGUCCACCGAGGUGCUGGGGCUGCGGAGAGCUGGGGCUGCUUUUCACGCUCCUGGGGACGCUAUGUGAGCCAGGAUCCGGGCAGAUCCGCUACUCAGUGCUAGAGGAGCUGGACAAAGGCUCCUUCGUCGGCAACAUCGCCAAGGACCUUGGGCUGGAGCCCUGGGAGCUGGAAGACCGCGGAGUCCGCAUCGUCUCCAGAGGUAGGACGCAGCUUUUCGCCCUGAACCCGCGCAGUGGCAGCUUGGUCACCGCGAGCAGGAUAGACCGGGAGGAGCUCUGCGCUCAGAGCCCGCUGUGUGUGGUGAACUUUAACAUCUUGGUUGAGAACAAAAUGAAAAUUUAUGGAGUAGAAGUCGAAAUAAUCGAUAUUAAUGAUAACUUUCCCCGUUUCCGGGAUGAAGAGUUACAAGUAAAAGUUAAUGAAAAUGCGGCUGCAGGAACCAGUUUAGUGCUUCCCUUCGCGCGCGAUGCGGAUGUGGGUGUGAACUCCCUCCGGAGUUACCAGCUCAACUCCAAUCUGCACUUCUCUCUGGAUGUGGUAAGCGGAACUGAUGGGCAAAAGUAUCCGGAGCUGGUGUUGGAACAGCCCUUAGACCGCGAGAAAGAGAGUGUUCACGACCUCUUACUCACAGCUUUAGAUGGCGGAGACCCGGUACUCUCCGGCACCGUGCACAUCCGUGUUAUGGUCCUCGACGCAAACGACAAUGCUCCCCUGUUCACUCGAUCCGAGUACAGCGUGACUGUUCCAGAGAACAUACCUGUGGGCACUCGGCUGCUCACGCUAACCGCCACGGAUCCAGAUGAGGGAAUAAACGGGAAACUGACCUACUCUUUUCGCAAUGAAGAAGACAAAAUCUCAGAGACAUUCCAACUUGAUUCCAACCUUGGGGAAAUCUCAACUAUACAAUCACUGGACUAUGAAGAAUCCAGAUUCUACUUCAUGGAAGUGGUAGCUCAGGAUGGAGGCGCUCUUCUUGCCAGCGCUAAGGUGCUGGUCACAGUACAGGAUGUGAAUGACAAUGCCCCCGAAGUAAUCCUCACCUCUCUCACCGGUUCCCUCUCUGAAGACUGUCUUCCCGGAACUGUAAUCGCGCUGUUUAGCGUACAUGAUGAUGAUUCUGGAGAAAAUGGUGAGAUUGCAUGUUCUAUUCCUAGGAACCUGCCUUUUAAAUUGGAAAAGUCAGUUGACAAUUAUUAUCACCUAUUAACAACUAGACACCUGGACAGAGAAGAGACUUCAGAUUAUAAUAUCACUUUAACUGUCAUUGACCAUGGAACCCCACCCCUCUCUACAGUAAACCACAUCCUCUUGAAAGUGGCAGAUGUCAAUGACAAUCCACCCAACUUCCUUCAAGCCUCCUACUCCACCUCCCUCCCAGAAAACAACCCCAGAGGUGUCUCUAUCUUCUCUGUGAUGGCUCAUGACCCCGACAGUGGUGACAACGCUCGAAUCACCUACUCCCUGGCGGAAGAUACAUUUCAGGGGGUACCCUUGUCCUCCUAUGUCUCCAUAAACUCUGACACCGGUGUCCUCUAUGCACUGAGAUCCUUUGACUAUGAGCAGUUGAGAGAGCUACAGCUGUGGGUGACAGCCAGAGACAACGGGAACCCUCCACUUAGCAGCAACGUGUCGCUGAACCUGUUCGUGCUGGACCAGAACGACAACACGCCCGAGAUCCUGUACCCCACCCUCCCCACAGACGGUUCCACCGGCGUGGAGCUGGCACCCCGCUCUGCAGAACCUGGCUACCUGGUAACCAAGGUGGUGGCGGUGGACAAAGAUUCAGGCCAGAACGCCUGGCUGUCCUACCGCCUACUUAAGGCCAGUGAGCCUGGACUCUUCACGGUCGGGCUGCACACAGGUGAGGUGCGCACAGCACGGGCCCUGCUGGAUAGAGACUCGCUCAAGCAGAGCCUCGUGAUGGCCGUCGAAGACCAUGGCCAGCCCCCUCUUUCCGCCACUGUCACGCUCACCAUGGCUGUGGCCGACAGGAUCCCUGACAUCCUGGGUGACUUAGGCAGCAUUAAGACCCCCACUGAUCCUGAGGAUUUGGACCUCACAUUCUAUCUUGUGGUGGCAGUGGCUGCAGUCUCCUGUGUCUUCCUAGCCUUUGUCAUCGUGCUGCUGGUGCUCAGGCUGAGACACUGGCACAAUUCACGCCUGCUUCAGGCUGAAGGCAGCACGUUGGCAGGUGUGCCCGCCUCACACUUUGUGGGCAUGGACGGGGUUCAGGCUUUCCUGCAGACCUAUUCCCAUGAGGUCUCCCUCACCGCAGACUCGAGGAAGAGUCACCUGAUCUUCCCCCAACCCAACUAUGCAGACACACUCCUUAGUGAAGAGAGUUGUGGGAAAAGCGAGCCUCUUCUGAUAUCGGAUAAGGUAGAUGCAAACAAAGAAGAACGACGAGUUCAGGUUAGUUUUCUCUUUCAAUGA